GUUUUGUCAGUAGCAACGGUUAGCAACGAGCACCGACGACGCUUCGUUUCGAAGAGAGAAUGCGGAUGUUCAAAGUAUACGUCGUGACAGCUACAUAUGUUAAUCAAAUCAUUAGUAAAAUAAUAUUCAGAUUUAACUGAGAAAAAUAAAAUUUUCAAUUAAAAUCAAGGAGGAAUAUAACGAGACGGAAGAAAAUUUAAAUAUCUCUAAAAUGCGUCCUGAUUCGCGUAGCGUCUCGUUCACGUUCCAUCGUGAAGUUUUAAGUGUCAGAAAUUCACCAGAAUUGAUACGUACUUCAAAAAACUUAAGACAGCGUCUUCAAGAUCGUUUUGACAAAGAAAAAUGUAACGAGUCUUCCAAACCGAAAGCUUCUAAAGAGAAAGAUAUCACAGAACGUGGUUGGAAUAAUUUGAGUCUUGGAAAUGUAUCCGCUGAUUCUAGACGUGCUUUACGAAAUGGAGCAGAAAGAUUAUCCAAAACCAUAUCAACAGUAAGAACAACGUUUGGUACAAUUUCACAGAAAUUUAGAAGCUCAACAAGAAGGCGUCAGAGAUUGGAAGAACAACAAUCUCCUGGCAGCAACUGUAAAAUGCAAACUCCUCAAUCACGCUCGCGCCAAUUAUUAGGACGUACGCCAACUAAAUUAUACAGUCCUUUUGGUAUUGAAUCUCCUAAACGUGGUUGGAAUAAAGAGAAUGAUGUUACAACAGUACAAGAGUCACCAGAAAAUCAUUCACGUCAGAUACAAUGCAGGCCGUUUAGCUUUGUAAGAGCUAAAGGAUUCUCUAUGCUAAGAUAAAGCAUUAUUUUCGGGGCUAUCGUGUUAUAACUUCUUUGCCUUCUAAGAAAUGCAUCAAAAAACGCACAUUUAGUACAACUAAGCACUUAAUUUAUUUUAUUCUAAUGAAUAACAAUGCAGCUAUUUAUCUAUUCUAUCAUCAUGCUAAUAAUCAUUUUAUAAUGGGAAUUAAUAUUAUUUAAUACCUCUUUAAACAUGUUCAUUAUUUUCAUCCUUUUAUUCCAAGAUAUUUUAUAGAAGAUAUUUCUACUUUUUUAUAUGUAUUUAUAAUGAUUAUGCUUGCGAUGUGAGAUAAAAACAAAAAUAGAUUCCAAUCUCUUCAUUAAAAUAACAUUUAUUAAUCAUAAUCUCCUUAAAAUUAGGUUAUUCCACUAGAUCAUUAAAAUGGCACGAAUAUUCAUCUGUUUUUAAUGUCAUCAACAUUUUGUUAUUAUUUUCAUUUUAUAGAAAGAAAAUUCAUUUAACCAUAACAUUAAAAUAUAAGAAUUUAUAAAUCACACGAACAAAAAUCCCAAUCAAUCUGUAUUUGUGACACUAAUAAGCACUAAAUACAAGUGUUCUAUAUGUAUGAAAAUAGAACACUUGUUAGAUUGAUUCAAAUAAAGAACUGAAAAGAAAUUUUAUUGAAAUGUAAAUAAA